AUGGCUGCGCUCUACACCGGUGCACCCCCGCAAGGUGGCCCAGGCUAUUCGUUCAACCAGACCCCCAGAACUGUCCCAUCAGGCGAGCGGCAACAUGGUUUCUACCCCUACACCGACAACGGCGGAUCAACACUAGGCAUCUCCGGCGCCGACUUCGCCAUCCUAGCAGGUGACACACGUUCGACAUCCGGCUACAACAUCAACACACGAUACGCACCCAAGCUCUUUAAGAUUGGCGGCGAAGGACCAGACAACAAGGGCGCCCGGAUAGUACUGUCUGUAGUCGGCUUCGCCGCAGACGGUGAUGCGUUGAAGGAGCGUCUCGACACCAUUGUCAAGAUGUACAAGUACCAGCACGGAAAGCCCAUGACCGUCUCUGCCUGCGCACAACGACUCAGCCACAUCCUCUACAACAAGCGAUUCUUUCCCUACUACGUACACGCCAUCUUAGCCGGUCUGGACGAGGAGGGCAAGGGUGCGUUGUACUCCUACGACCCGGUCGGCAGCUACGAGAGGGAGCAGUGUAGGGCGGCUGGUGCUGCGGCAUCACUUAUCAUGCCCUUCUUGGACAACCAAGUCAACUUCAAGAACAUGUACGAGCCAGGCAGCGGCACUGGUCACGAACUCAAGUCAAAGCAAGCACAACCGCUACCACGGGACCACGUCGAGGAUCUGGUACGGGACGCCUUUACAAGCGCGGUCGAGAGGCAUAUCGAGGUUGGUGAUGGCCUUCAGAUGAUGAUCAUCACGAAGGAGGGCAUAGCCGAGACCUUCACCCCGCUCAAGCGGGACUAA